ACAGCCAGAGAAAAUGGAAUCUGACAGUUUGACGUCAUAAAAAAUUUUUUAAGCUCAAGUGAGAUGUUUUUGAGUAAAACUAUUUUCUCGUCGCUUCUCCGCAGCUCUCGCCAUCACCGCGACACCAUCACGACGUUCAGGGCACCCGGAAGCGCAGUGACCCCCCUAUGAGAUCUUCCGUGAGCUACAUGCUGUCGCAGGGGUCUGGUGAGCCAAUCAUGUCGCAUCCGGACUACGAGCAGAACGCCCACCACCACGGGGCGCUAUUGGUUCUCGUGCGUGGCAUUGGACCCGCCAAGCCACGUUCCCUCCAGAAAGUUUUUGAGCGCAUCCAACGCGUCAAUACAGUGCGUAUUGUGGAUUCAGGUGGGAAUCCACGAGAUAUCUGGGUGCGCUACAUUCGUGACCAUCCCGUGGAGAACAACGACUGGGGCGACUUUCAGACACACCGUCGCCUCCUGGGCCUCAUCACUGUGGGCAAAUUUGACACACAAACAGAACUCAAUGAACUCUGUCGCAUCCAUGAAUCACUGAAGGUUAAGUACACAUCCACUUUGUAUGAUUCCCGGUGCCUCCUCUUUGGGCCCACCACCCACACUGCAGAUGCUGCCACCACCCAGCCCGGAGGGGAUGAAGACACAAAAUCCAUGGGAAGUGAUACAGGGAGCAAUAAAGAGAACAGUGGGGAAGUGAAUACAAAUGGGAAGGUGUCCACAAGUCCCAUGACAAGCAAGAAACUCCAAGAGAUCUUCACACCGCCGUCCAACUUCAAGAGUCGGGCAUUCUUCUACCCUGAAAAUGAUGUGUGUGCCAACCUCGAAGCAGCCAUGACGGAAUUCAUUGGGGCACUCUUCUGGGUGCUCGAAUCCAAACGACUGGAGAGGUCACGCGAGAAGAUCGACAAGGUGUCCCUGCUGCUGGCGCCCUUCGAGAAGAGAGACUUUGUGGGCUUGGAUCUCGAGUCCCGGAACAACCGGAAGCGUUGCAUGGGACGCGUAACGAAGAAUUUGGCAGACUUGACGCUUCAAGCCGGCUUAGUGGCUGAAUCCUUGACACUCUUUCAUGCCGCAAGUGAGACUCUGCGUGCCAUAAGUGACUCACUGUGGCUCGGUGCGGCCAAUGAGGGUCUCUGUGCCGCCUCGGCAAUUCUCCUGUACCCCAAUAUGCGUCAACCGCAGCCACUUCAACGAAAUGCUAGUCUCCAGGAAGCAGGAUCACCGCAGCGUCGUGUUGCGCCCAAGGGCAAGAAAACCGGAAUUGUGCAAUCAAAUGUUGAGGCUGAUAGUGGUGUGGCCAAGUCCACAUGUUCCUCCAUGUCCUCCUCAUCGUCUGAAUCAUCAACCUCAUCACUCGCCUCGAGUCUCUCUCCCGGCGUCACGACGGGUAGUUCAUCGAGUGUUUCAAGCAUUGUGGCACCGCCAGGAUCAAUGGAAGACUCCCCCGUGGCACCUUUUCCGCCCAAUAUUCUCUCCCCUGAGGAAAUUACAGCUCGCUACAGGGAUGCAAUAAUAAACUACAGCAAGUACCGUCAUGCGGGGAUAAUUGAGACCGAGGCAGCUCUCAAAGCUGCCCGGAUUUGCAUUGAACAGGGUCAGAAUCUCGAUGUAUCCAUGUUCCUGCAGAAUGUGCUGUACAUCAAUCUCAAUAUGAGCGAACAGGAGAGAGUGCAGCGAUUUGAAACCCUCACGGGGCUCUAUGAGAAGAUUGGCUACCACAGAAAGGCAGCCUUCUGCCAGAGAUUAGCAGCCUGGCGGCAUGUAGCUGCAAGCAAUGCAAAUCCCGACUGGGCGGCAAGCUAUAGACUCAUGUUGGAUAGUUUUCCAGGGCAUAAAAUGUCUCUGGAUCCCCUUGAGAUGAUCUCUCUCAAUUCUGGAUGGAAAUGCCUUCAAGUGGACUUGUUGCAGCAACUCGUGCUGGCUGCUAAGAGGAUGGAUAAUGCCUCCGUUGCGGUGCGACAUCUCACCUACAUGAUUCAGACAAUGUGGCCAUUCCUGAGUCCAGCAGAACAGCAUGAAGUUGCGACACAUUUGCAGAAUUUAGCAGCACAGUGCGAAGGGGCCCCAGUGCCGCUUGUUCUGGACUCAGGAAGAGUCCUACCGCCGGCAAAUCUCACUGAUUUACCCUUUUGCUGCCAAUUGCAAGUACGAGAGCUCUCUCCAACACUCAGGCCACACAAAAUAGCCACGAGUAAGGUUGAUUCUGGUCCAUUCCUUUUCACGCCGAUUCACUUCAGUACUGCCACGGGUGGUGGACAGCACAGAGGGAGUGCCGGAAGUGGAUCCGGUGGUUCGGGGAGUACAUCAUCGCAACCUGUACAGUGGGUACAGCAUGAUGUGGGAGAAGUGUCACUGAAGCUGAUGAAUCCUCUUCCGGGGGAGCUGCAUGUGUGUGAUAUGCGGCUCCUGAGUACGGGUGUUGUCCUCGAAUCGCGUCCACAGACAAUUUCUCUCGUCUCAAGUCCAGCAGCCACGUGCGUUACGCUCCAGGGAACACCACUUGAAGUGGGAACAUUGGAAAUUCUCGGCUACAGCACUCAUACGCUGGGGGUGAAGAGCAACUGCAGAUUGCGCGAUAUGCAGAGGAGUCGUCAUCAUUUGCCCACAUCUGUAACUGUGGACGUCAUUCCGGCACUUCCGACACUCUCGGUGGCAACUUCUCUACCCGAGAAGGGGAUUACAUUGUACAAUGGUGAGGAGGCUGAUGUUUCGGUGGUCAUUACAAAUACUGGUCCUGUACCCAUUGAAUUCUUGGAGGGUGCCAUUCACUCCCAGCUGGAUUCCGUUACACAGGGAAGAAUCUUUCACUGGGUGACUGCUGAGGAGAUGAAGAAGGUCCUCCCCAUUGCUCCACAUGCCACAGUCACAUUUACAUUGCGCAUCUUUGGGGAUGCUGACUUUAUUGGGCCCGUUAAUUUGUCUCUCUUAUCCGCUGGAGCGGGCAUGUCACCGGCUCAGGUGGCACAUGAUGGACCACAGAGUCUCAGUGUGGGCUCUACGAGUCUCAUGACGGUGACAUCGGGCCCAAGUACGCAUAGUCGUGUUAGUUCACCAACGCACAGACGCAAUACGGAGCUCACAUCGAGUUUCCGUAGUACCCACUCAGGGCAUUCCUCCUUGGCCACAGUGAGUCUCAAUACGGCCACAAUGGGAACGGGUUCCAGGCAUAUGGAGGCACAACUGAGACUGAGAUUUUCCGGAGGGGCUGGCUAUCAGGAGGGCUAUUGCCGUCAAGUGUCGGCUUCACUACCCCUGGAACUCCUGCCCAGUGCCCAUGUAACGAAUUGGGAUGUCCUCCCUGCGGAAAUACCAUCGCAAUUCUACUUGGUGCUGGAUGUUGUGAAUAUGACGGGGCAGGAGAUGGCACUGCAGUACACAGAACAGAAGAAUAUUGUCAUUGAGGCAAAGGAGAGUUGCCGUAUUCCUGUACCCGUGGAACGAUGUCCCCUGGAGAAAAUUCAAGCAGGAAUGCCAUGUGAAUCCGGGAGUGUUGUCAGUGGGCAUGAGGUGGAUAACAUUGAGAAGAUCUGUUCGACCCACAUUGCUGAUCAAGUAAAUCUACGUUGGAGCCUCAUGGGGAUGGAGACAAAGGGAUUAGCAUCUCUCAAGGGUAUAACUCUUUCACCUGCAAUGCUAGAUCUCGUCACUGUGGCUCCUCUGCAGUGGGAAAUUUCCGUGGACAACGAAAAGGUGAGCAGUACUGCAGAAAUCUCCAAGAUGACAGGAGAAUGUGUCACCGUGGGUGUGUCCAUCAUCAAUCUCUCCCCACAGCCACUACACAGACUCACAAUUUCCAUCCAAUUCUACCAAGACUACCAGAAUGGAAUGCACAACUAUCGCCUCGAGACACGGAUUAUUAUGUCAGGACCCAAUGAAAUACUCAUACCCUUCCUGGGACGCAGCGAGAGAGCCUCACAUGAGUGCUCUGUGAUAUUUUUUACUCCAGGACGCUUCAAGGCGGACAUUCAGUGUAGUGCCCAAAAUUCCCAGAUGGUCUCAAUCUCCAGUCAUGCCGCUGAUUCAUCAUCAAGUGGCUGCGGGGUGUCAUCCGUGGGGGCUAUUACGGUGUCCGGGAAUUCGGGGCAUCGACCAGCAACGGAUGCUCAUGUUUGGCGCUUCACUCCACCCAUUGAAGUCACCGUUAUUGAAUGAUUCCGCCACUCCGUACACACUUCCAUCAAUACUGCAAAUACUAUGUUUAUUUUUGUUAUCAUGGCUGAAGGAGAGAAUAUUGUGGAAAAUAGGUGCAAAUCUUAGCAAUGAAAAUUUUGUUGUUCUACUGA